CGUUAAAAAAAUUACACGGCAUUGGGGUUAACAAUAUUUUAAAUUUUAAUGUGUGAAGAAUGUAAUGAAUGCGAUAACAACUACUACUGCAAUAAUUUGAAAAAAUUGCUGGUAUAGGCGAUCACAAAUUAGUAAUAGGGCAAUAGUGACAUUAUUAUAUGGACAUUAUUGAAUAUUGAUAUUACGUCACCAGUGUAUUAAAAAUGGUGGCUGUGUUGUCGGGCGUUGUAAUGUAGUAAAAGUGUGAUGUUUUAUAGCCGGUAGUUUUUUUAUAUUUUUAAGAAAUAACUUUUUGGAAUACUCAUAUUUUUGUCUAAAUAGAAGAAGUUUCAAUGAUGUCAGAUCGGAGAGCUGAAUUAGAACGCAAAAAGGCGAAAUUGCAGGCGCUACGAGAAGAAAAAGACAGAAGAAGACGGGAAAAAGAACUGAAAGAUGUCGAAGAAGCAACCACUCGUACAUUAAUUGGAGGGGGUGGAGAUAGGAAGGAACUUGAUGAAAUGCUUACAUCUUUGGGUGUUGCACCUGUCUCUGAUGUAUUAUCUAGCAUUUCUAGUGCAAAUUCUCUUACACCUGAUACUAGUCGAAAUCAUACCCCUGAUACAUCCUUACAACCAAACAGUUUACCCAACAAUGUAAAUGUUGUGAAAAGACGAGUUCCUCAGUUAUGUGUCGUAUCUGUUCAGUCUACAAAUAUUCCCCCAAAAGAAACUGUACUCUACACCAAACAAACUCAAACAACUACCAGUGGCCAUGAAAGGGAUGCUCACGCAACCGACUAUUACGGUAAGUCGUGCUUUUAACAUUUAAUUAUGCUUUUAGCAUUCCCAAUCACAUCCUUUCACAAUCCUGUGCUUUCCCUUUUUAUUUUCUUUAUUUAAUUUUUGGUAACGAGUCCAAUCAUUAUUUUAUUUUUUCUUAAUACGUUUUCAUCACAGAUAUAAAUUUGCUUUUGCUUAUAAGUCACUCAAACACGUUGGGCAUUUCUUAUUUUAUUAUAGAAUCGUCAAUUUUAUUUAUUCCUUUUAUUGCCUUUUAAAUUAUGAAAUUAAAGAGGUUGUAUUUGUUUUACACUUUAUGUGAUUUUUUUUUUAAUAUAAAAGUUUGACAAGGUUAGGCAACACAUUAUUCGUUUGUUUAUUUUUCGAAGCAGAACACCUUGUAUUCUCAAAAUUAUUGAGAAAUUGCGUUUACAGCAUCGACAUAGUUUAUACAAGCCAGUCGAACAGGUACACACAGUUAGUGAAAAUACGAUAUAAGUUACCCCCGAAAUUUAUGCGUUACAUGGUCAUAGUCAAAUAGGAUGAACAGAAGUCAUAACUAACAUUUUCUGGUGUAUAGCAUAUGCUUCGUCUUAUUUGCCUAUUUAUAAUAUAAUGCAGUACGAAAGACAGAAUAAGUUCCGUAUGUUGUAGGGUAAUGGUUGGUCCUCACGCAAUCUCUCAAUAAUAUACGUACAUACUGAAAUACCUAGUAGUUUAAUAUCUUCUUUUGUUUGAAUUCGUCCAGUUUUGUUAAUUUAUGUCGACUUUUUAAUUAACAAACUUCUAAAAGGGAAAAGCGCAGAUUUGCUUUUAAAUAUCUAUGUCAGUGGCGGAUCCAGAAGAGGUGUGGAAAUGACCCUCUCCCCUCCCUACAAGAGCUAGAGGUCUAGGACUGGUGGUUUAAUACUUCAGUGAUAUUAAAAAUUUUGUGUUGUUGAGAAAUCGAAUUAGGAACUUUUCCUCUGGGUACCAGAAAAAACUAUAAAAAUAAAUAAAAUACUGUCCAUAUUUUUGAUAAAAUGUUGACGCCUCCCAACAAAUAUUUCUGGAACCGCCUCUGUAUAUAUACCUGUUUGAUUAAUUAAAUUACGAAAAUAUUGAGAAAAUUAUAACCAACGUUAAUUUUAGAAGCGAUUUAAUAAAUAUACAAGGGGCGUAGUUAAAUGCAUGUAGUAUUUCCGUGUAAUAACAGAAGUAUUAAGCUUCACUAACCGCAUGAGAGAUAUUGUAGACUCGUAAUUUUCUUUUUUUUUUUUAGUAUU